UUUUAUUGGGCAUUUUUUGUCACCCCGAUCUAAAGUCAACAACUUGACCAAUACUACAUUUCACCAAACCCGCCAUCACCUUCCUCAAUUUCGAAUCCCACGCCAAUUCAACGCCAUGGAGGACUCCGAUCAAACCCAAACCCCGACCCGUGUUACCGAUCCACUCACCAACGCCUUCGGAUCCCUAAAUGACCUAGCCCCCGAACUCUCCUCCCUUCAAGAUCUGGCCACGCGCGGCUCGUGGCGAUCGAUUCUCGACAAAGUCUCACGCGCCCGCUCCUUCUCUCUUCUCACUCUCCCUCACCACCACCUCACCUACCUCUCUUACAAUGCCCUCGCUUUGAUGAAACUACGUCGUUUCGAUGACGCCGCCCAGGAGCUCGACUCACUUGAAGAUUUCAACAGCUCCAGUUACCAGUACGAAUCCUACCCGCACGCCUACCCGAACCGGAGCGGAUCAAUGGUUCCCUUCUCCCUCCGGUGGCUCCACGCGGUUCUCCUGCUUAAGAUGUCAAACCGGCAGGAAGGUCUCGAUCGGCUUUAUCUCCUUCUAGAUUUCAUCCGCGAGAAAUUGAGACAAAAAAUCGACGAGAAAUUGGAUUUGUCGGCGAGUAUGUGGAGGAAACGGGAAGUUAUUGUGGUCAAUUGUUUGAUCGGUUAUCAUUUGAGUGGGAAAGAGUUUGGGGUGUGUUUGAAUCUGAUUCGAGAGUUGUUAAAAGAUUCUGCCGAUUUUGACCCUGUGUUGGUCUCCAAAUUAGGGUACAUUCAGAUGCAGAUUGGGGAUUUGGAGGGUGCUACGACGUCGUUUAAUAGAGUUGAGGAAAUGUUGAAGUCGAAGAAGAGUGAUGAUGGUGAUGGUGAUGGUGAUGGUGAUGUUGAGUUGAGGAAUCUUGUGAACCGGAACAAGGUGUUGGUAUAUUUGAUCGGAAAGGAUUAUGUGUCAGCAGUGAGGGAGUAUGAGGAGUGUAUAGAGAGGAAUGACAGUGACGUGGUGGCGGUGAAUAACAAGGCUUUGUGUUUGAUGUAUUUGAGGGAUUUAUCUGAUGGGAUUAAGGUGCUGGAGAAUGCACUUGAAAGAGUGCCCACGGUGGCACUGAAUGAAACUGUGGUGGUGAAUUUGUGUAGUAUGUAUGAAUUGGCUUAUGUAAAUCACUCAGAUAUCAAGCGGACCUUAAGUAAUUGGAUUGCUAGGGUUGCUCCAGAUGAUUUUGAUUCCUCGUGCACAAGGAUUUGAAGCUAUAGGUUUGUAAUAAUCAAUGAGAUGAUUUUUUUUUUUAAUGAAAUGCAGGUAAAUUUGUGGA